UACACGUGCGUAAUUUUGAAUUAUAUGCAAGUGACAAAUGAUUUUGAUAAUUAAUAAAUUAAAAUGAGUGUACACGAGAAUGAGAAAAGUGAAGAACGUCGAAUAAUAUCACGUUUUAAAAAUAGUCAAGGAGAUGUGACAGAUUUAAUUGAUUUGCCUGUGAACUGUACUGUUGAACAAUUAACCUUAAUAUGUAAUGCCAUAUUACAACAGGAAGAAAAUGUACCUUAUCUAUUUUUUGUUGACGAUCAAGAAAUCAAAUCCACUCUAGGAGAUGUAAUAAAUGCGGAUAAAUUUAAUACUGAAAAUGUCUUAGAUAUUGUUUAUCAACAGCAAGCAAUUUUUCGAGUUCGAGCUGUAUCUCGAUGUACUAGUUCACUUCCAGGACAUGCUGAAGCCGUAAUUUCGGUCAAUUUUAGUCCAAAUGGACGAUACCUGGCGAGUGGAUCCGGUGAUACAACAGUUAGAUUUUGGGAUAUCAAUACGCAAACUCCUGAAUUUGUUUGUAAAUCACAUACAAAUUGGGUAUUAUGCAUUGCAUGGUCACCAGAUAGUAAAAAAUUAGCAUCAGCAUGUAAAGAUGGUAAAAUAUGUGUGUGGGAUCCAACUAGUGGGAAAAUUGCUGGACCAGUAUUGUCUGGCCAUCGUCAAUGGGUUACUGGAUUAGCAUGGGAACCAUAUCACAGUAAUACAAAGUGUAUUCAUCUAGCUAGUUCAUCUAAAGAUGGUAGUGUAAGAAUAUGGGAUGUUGUUCGUGGUCUUACUGUAUUUUCUUUAACUGCACAUAAUAAAAGUGUUACGUGUAUAAAAUGGGGUGGAGCUGGUUUAAUAUAUACGGGAUCUCAAGAUAGAACUAUUAAAGUUUGGAGAGCCGCAGAUGGCGUACUUUGUAGAACUUUAGAAGGUCAUGCUCAUUGGGUGAACACAUUAGCUUUAAGUACCGAUUACGUUUUGAGAACUGGUCCAUUUAAUCCAGGCGUUGAAUAUAAUACAAAUUCUGUUGAAUCCGAAGAAAUAGCAUUGAAAAGGUAUAAAGACGCUUGUCCAGAUGGUCAAGAAAGAUUAGUAUCUGGUUCGGAUGAUUUUACAUUAUUCCUUUGGCAUCCUGAAAAACAGAAAACACCUAUAGCACGAUUAACAGGACAUCAACAAUUAGUUAAUGAUGUUAAAUUUUCACCAGAUGCAAGCAUAAUUGCAUCUGCUUCAUUUGAUAAAUCGAUUAAAUUGUGGCAUGGAUCUACAGGAAAAUUUAUUGGUUCAUUAAGAGGGCAUGUUCAAGCUGUUUAUGUUAUUGCAUGGUCAGCAGAUUCACGUCUUUUAGUUAGCGGCAGUGCAGAUUCAACAUUAAAAGUAUGGAAUGUAAGAAAUAAAAAAAUUGAGUUAGAUUUACCAGGACACGCUGAUGAAGUAUUUGCUGUUGAUUGGUCACCUACAGGUUUACAAGUGGCUUCUGGAGGCAAAGAUAAAGUAUUGAAAUUGUGGGCACAUUAACAAUUUGGAUUUAUAAUAUAAUAAUUCAUUUUAUUUUAUAAAAAAAAAGUUUAAA